UUCUUCGUUAGAUCUGACGGCGUCACGGUACAACCACCAUCUAUUAUACUCCUCUCGCUCUCGCUGCUCUCUCCCAGCCUUGCUCACUCGCGCACUACACUGUACCCAGUUUCUCUCCCUCCCGGUCCUUACUAGCGCGUGAUGGCCGUCCAUUUCCUGAUCCCUUUCCUCCUAUUCCUCCAAGCGAUCACUCCGUCCUCUGCCUCCAAUUCCUCGUCAGCGGCGAUUGGCAUUAACUAUGGCCAGGUAGCCGAUAACCUCCCGUCGCCGGAGGCGGUGAUUCCCCUCCUCCGCUCCCUAGGUGUGGGCCGGGUGAAGCUCUACGACACCGACCCCCGCGUUCUCCGCGCGUUCGCCGACACCGGCGUGGAGUUCGUGGUGGGCCUUCCGGACCGCCUCGUCCCCAAGGUCCGCGACCCCGCCGCCGCCCUCUCCUGGGUCAAAACCAACCUCCAUCCCCACCUCCCCCGCACCCGCAUCGCCGCCGUCACCGUCGGAAACGAGGUCCUCUCCAGCAAUGACUCCGCCCGAAUCCAAUCCCUCCUCCCGGCGAUGCAAUCCGUCCACUCCGCCCUCGCCACUCUCGGCCUCGACCGCCAGGUCGCCGUCACGACCGCCCACUCCCUCGCGGUGCUCUCCACUUCCUUCCCUCCAUCCGCCGGCGCCUUCCGCCGCGAUGUCCUCCCCUACGUCUCCCCCCUCCUCUCCUUCUUAUCCAAGACAGGAUCCCCGUUCCUCAUCAACGCCUACCCCUACUUCGCAUACAAGGCCGAUCCGAAGCGGGUGGCUCUCGAUUACGUCCUCUUCCAGUCCAACCAGACCGUGGUGGACCCCGGAUCCGGCCUCCGCUACGACAACAUGCUGCACGCCCAGGUGGAUGCCGUCCGGGCGGCGAUUGCGGCGGCGGGCGGGGGGAAGGGGGUGGAGGUGAGGGUGUCGGAGACGGGAUGGCCGUCGGCGGGGGACGAGGACGAGGCCGGGGCCACGGCGGAGAACGCCGGGAGGUACAACGGGAACCUAAUGCGGAUGGUGGCGGAAGGGAAGGGGACCCCGAUGGCCCCCGGGGCGCCGCUCCACGUCUACGUCUUCGCCCUCUUCAACGAGAACCUCAAGCCCGGCCCCGCCUCCGAGCGCCAUUACGGCCUCUUCAAGCCCGACGGCGCCCCUGCCUACCCGCUUGGAGACGCGGAGGCGCCGGUCGAUAAUUCUACCUCCCCCACCGCCGGAGCGCACUCGCCGGGGGCCUCGUCAACCGAUUAUUACACCACCAUCUCGUCGGCCACGAAGAUGGGGACGGAAAGGGUGUCGGUGGUGACGGCGGCGAGUGUGCUCGCACUGAUUCUCCCAUUUGCGUGAGUUGGAAGCUUGGUGGCUGAAUUUUUUCCAUAUUUAUCAUCGUUUGAGA